GUACAUCGGGGGUACUGAAUGUGAAUCAGGUGGAAAGUCAGCUGAUGUCGACAAAACCAGGAAAGACAACUCAAUCCUUCCACCAAGUAACUGUAUAAUAACUAGUCAGAUCGUUACAGCAUAUUUAUUUAUUUGACACGUGUUGGAGUUUAACUCAUAAUAUGUUCGUUGGAGACGACGAAGAUGGAGAUUUCUUGUUACCGACAGGCGGAGCUAAGCUGGCUUCCCUGUUUGGUGUGGACCAAGAUGCCAGCCCAGGGAAUGAGUCCUUUCAUUAUACAGCACCAAAACAGCCAAGAAAGAGCUCAGCAUCCGUCCUCCAGACAGCAGCCCCAUCACCUGGAGCCCCUUCAGUCUUAUUCGCUACAGCGGUGCUAUCCUUUCGCUAUAUUAAUGGACAGUAUGUGAAGCAGGGGAAGCUGGGGGCAGCCAUACUGGGCAACCAUGCAACUAAAGAGUACAAGCUGCUUCUCUACUUGAGCCAGCAGAAACAGGUUGCUGCUGCCAAGAUUCACUCUGGCUUUGUUUUCACGGUACAAUCUAACAACUACUGCACGUUUUAUGAUGACCAAAGGCAGAAUUGGUCCCUGAUGUUUGAAUCAGAGCAAUCUUCUUCAGACUUCUGUAAGGAGGUGUGUUUGGCGAAGGCAAACAGCUGCAAUGUUUUAGAUGCGGUGGUGUCUCAGGAUCUGAGUCUUGGGGAAGGCCAAGCAGUCGACUACGGUGACUCUCUGGAGGUGUCCUACAGAGGCUGGCUCUUGCAAAACCACACCUUUGGACAGAUGUUUGACUCCAACCAAAACAGUGAAAAGUUAUUACGGAUGAAAGUUGGAGGUGGAAAAGUUCUUCAAGGAUGGGAGAAGGGGGUUCUGGGGAUGAAGAAGGCCGGUCGUCGACUCAUUGUUGUCCCACCCACCCUGGCCUAUGGAUCUAAAGGUGCCCAUGAUGGUGUCCCAGCUAACAGCACUCUUAUUUUUCAAGCAACACUAAGACGGGUCAAGUUUUCCAAGGAGACUGGGUCUGACCAGGCAAGUGCCAGUUCCAGAGAGUCUGGUGCGGUCUCCCCUGCUUCUAGUGUGGAGAAUAUAACCCUGGAGCCACCAGAACAAACAUUGGACUCAGGCAAACCAGAGGAAUCACCUGUACGUGCUAAGUCAAAUUCCCUUAGUGAACAACUGAAUACUCCAGAUGCCACAAAGGCCAAGUUGAUCUCUCGUAUGGCAAAAAUGGGCCAGCCUAUGUUGCCCUUCUUAACGGGAGUGUCCUGUCAGCCAGAAUCUUGUGACUCUGACUUGGAGGAUACCAACACUGGUAGAACCAAGGAUCCACCUUCUGCUUCAUCUCCUGUGCAGAUCUCUACUGCUGCCCCAGCUCCAACACAUGCACUUCCACAUCCGUACCCUUCCAUUCCUGCCAAUGUACUGCCCACCCUGACCAAUUUUGCCUCACAGGUUGUGUUGCCAGGUAACAUGCGCGCUUUUCAGCCUUAUGCCUACACACACACUUCUGUGCCUGCAACUCAGCUACAGUCUCUUAGCCACGUUUAUCCGGCACAGCCUGUUUCUCAUAUUGGCAGCGGUGAUGUGAAUUCCUUCUUGAUAACUGAGGCCCGACAGCACAACAUGGAGAUCCGUUUAACUGUCGGGAAAGUCGCAGACAAAGUGGACCAACUUGCAUCAAAGAUAGAUGACCUCCAGAAGCAAGGAAGUGUCUCCUUGGGUUUGUCUGGUAUAUCAAUGGAUUCCUGCAUGGUCAUGCAGAACAUCCAACGAAUCAUCCAGGAAAAUGAAUGUUUAAAGAAGGAAGUGUUUGAGAAAAGUUCUCGUAUUGAGGAGCAAAACCGCAAGAUCAGCGAGCUCCUUAACCAAAGUCAAAGGUAUAUGGAACACAGCAACAUGCUUCUGGAGCAGCGUCACGACUCCCUCAAGUCCUCCAGUGAACAAAAUCAGGCCAGACUGCUGCAGGCAGAACGAGACAAGAUUCAGUUGAGGGAGGAACUCUCAUCAACCACCACUCAGCUUUCACAGAUGCAACUCGAGGCUUCCGCUCAUGAGCAGAAGGUUUUGGAGCUGCAGAGUGAACUGAGCACAAAGCUGCUGGUCUGUGAAAGUCACGCCAAACACAUCAAUGGGCUGGAAUCACAGCUGCAAGAGCUGAAGGAAAGAGCCCAGGCACAUGACCAUGCAGAGGAACAAAGACGCAAGGAGAUGGAGCUGAAGGUCAACACCAUGGAGGAGAAAUUGCAUGAACUGAAAACGGAUAAACAUCAUCUGGAACGAUCAUGUCAUCUGCAAGCAGAGCAGCUGGAGGAAGAGUGGAAGUCCAAGUAUGAGCAGGCCCUUGCCACUGCGAGACAACACCAUGACAGAGAGAUGGCUGAGCUUAAAGAGGAGAGAAAUCAACUGCUGGAGAAGCUUCAAGAGCCAAAUGAAAAGUGCAAAGAGUUGGGGACACACAGAGACUUUGCCAAGGAGACACAAGAGCGACAAGUGACCAACCUCGAGACCAAACCGAGUGAGCAACAAAGUUCAGUCGACACAGCUGCAGAGGUGAAGCGUGUGAUGAACGGAGUAUUUCAUUCCUUACGAGGACAGUUUGACCACAGUGAAUCUUACACUGGCCAUGAGGUGCUUAGUGUGCUCGUGAAUACAAUUAAGAAUGUAACACUGAAUCUCCUCAGCGGCAAGGAUGAACUAACAACUAAGGAGGAAUUGCCAUCACAAAAAGAAGACCGUGACGAUGGGACACAAAAAGAGGAGAAAAUCAGAGUCAGCAAACAGAAGGAGACACUUGGUGAUCCAAAGAAUGAUGAUCAGCACACAAGCGACGCCCAAAUACAGCAACCAUUAUCUGAUUCCAAGACACAAUUGCAAUCUGAAGCUUUAGAAAGCACACAAUCAGUUGCAUCCACGGAGUCUAAAGCGCAGGAGAUGGCAGCAUCGGAGACUGAAAUGAAGCCUGAGCAAGGAGAACAUGAUACCAGUGAGGCUGGACCUCAGGAGGGCAUCCACACUGAGGUCGAACAGGAGGGCAGUGCUGCAUUAAGUGAGGUUUUGAAGGAAAGAGAGGAAGAUCAACAAAGUCAAAGAGCAGGGAGACCUGACUCUCAUGAAUCUUUCGGAACUCCAGUCAAGCCGCCUCCACCACCACUCUCAAAGGUUCAAGUCACCCAGGGUGAAGAUCAGAGCCCGACUGGGGAUUCGCCCAAGGAAAAUGGAGAUGAGACUUUUUCUCAGUUGGAAUCCAUUGACAAAUCCACUUCACAGCCGAUUGCGGAAGAAGAGGAAGAUGAGCAGAGCCUGAAGGGGUGUCCCCCCCCGCCUCCACUGUUUGAUGACGACGGGGACAAAGAUCUCGACUGGCUGUAGCUCCGAUGCAACAAAAAAUGGAUCAGAACUUAUUCCUGGUGGUCCAUGAAGCUAACAAGAAGCCACUGACUUCCAGCUGCCAAACUCGCAAAGGAGCCCCAAGCAGAAGAUUGGUUGAAAAAAACAAACGUACGAUGUAGACUAAAUGUUCUUAACAAUUACCUGUAUUGCGUCUUGGGGGGGGGGUUGUUUUUUUUCAUACGCACACUUCAUACAUUUCAGACAAUAAUGCUUGUUUUUACCAUGCAAAAAGCUAAAUUUUACACUUUUCCUAACUUGAAAUUCGACUGAGAAAAUAAAGCUUACUCUCCAACUCAGGGCUGGGAAAAUAUAUUUGAUAUCUUUUUUGGGACAACACCAAAAAAAUAACACUUUGAUAGAAUGUAUAGUAAGUAGUCAGUGUUCAGUUUGGAUAACAGUGUAAAUUUACUGUCCCCUCAAAAUGAAUCAACAAACAGAUAUUAAUGUUUAAACAGCUGCAACAAAAGUGAGUACACCCUUAAGUGAAAAAGUCCAAAGUGUAAAUAUUUAGUGUGGAUAGCAUUGGUUUCCAACACUGCCAUAAGUCUCUUGGACAUAGAGUUCACGAGGACAUCACAGGUUGCCUACACUGCGUGCACGAUUUUUUCGUGAGCAUUUUUACCCUAUGAUCAUUUUUAUGCAUAUAUUCCAACUCCAAGCUGUACAAAUGUGCCUGUUUAUUAGGUGUAGUCAUAUCAGGUGAUGAUAUCUGUGGAAUGAGGGAGGGCGUGGCCUAGAUGAUCAACACCUUGUAUCAAGGUGUGCCCAAUUAUGAGGCAGAUUCUUCACAUGAAAAAUGAGCUGAAAAAUAAAUUUGACUGACUCUGAAAGUUAGAAAUUGUAAAAUAAAUAUUUCUGAGGGAUACAAGGUAAAAUAUUUCUUUUCAUGUAGUUUCCUCGUAUUUCUGCGUAUCGAUAUUUGACAAAUAAUUGUGCACACCAAUAUGCAAGUAUUUUCUUAAGACACAACCUGACUUUUACUUUCUUAAAUAUUUAGGUUUGAUCAUACAAAAAUAAAACCAUAAAAAAAU